AACCUACAAAUCAUUAUUCUGAUUAACUCAAAAGUAUACAUAUUAAAAAACAGUGAAUCGAACCAGAAAGGAGUGUGAGUUUUAAUCAGAACGCAAUUCAAUAUGUUUAAUAAACAACACUCAGUCUAUCAGUGACCUUCAGCAAGCAAUAUGGAGAAACCCAGUUCUGUGAAAUGCGGUCCAGGUUAUGCCAGUCCUUUGGAUGCAAUGAAAUACGGAUCAAAAGAAAAACUUCUGUAUGUAGUUUGUAUUAAUCCUAACGAAGGAGAUGAUAAAACGGACCUCUUAGCCACGGUUGAUGUAGAUCCAGAAUCGUCGACUUAUUGUCAAAUAAUUCACCGUUUAAGGACUGGUAAUAAAGGUGACGAAUUACACCAUUCCGGAUGGAAUAUCUGUUCUAGUUGCCACAACUGCCACGGGCUGGUACGAGAUAAACUGAUCCUACCAGCAAUAGGAUCAGACCGAAUAUAUGUAGUGGAUGUUGGAAAAAAUCCAAGAAAGCCUGAAUUUUACAAGGUCAUCGAAGGAAAAGAAUUACGAAAAUACAAUUGUAGUACUCCCCACACAGCACAUUGUUUACCAAAUGGAGAGAUAAUGAUUUCGGUUUUGGGUGACAAUGUAGGUAACUCCAAAUCAGAUUUCAUCGUUAUAGAUGCAGAAACUUUUAAAGUGAAAGGAACUUGGAUGAAUGGCAAGCAAUCGCCGUAUUUUAAUUACGAUUUUUGGUAUCAACCUUAUUUCGACGUGAUGGUGUCGUCAGAAUGGGGGGCUCCUAAAUUAUUUAAGCGAGGUUUUGAUUUUUCUGAUACCGCACCUGAUCGUUAUGGGCGUAGUAUCAACUUCUUUUCGUGGACAAAGAAGGAACUAAUACAAAGUAUUAAUUUGGGAGAAGAAGGUAUUGCUCCGUUGGAAAUUAGGUUUUUACAUAACCCAAAAGAACCUCAGGGAUAUGUCGGGUGUGCUAUUGACGCUAAUAUUUAUAGAUUUUACCAAAAAGAAGAUGGUACUUGGGCAGCACAUAAAGUUGUAGAUGUUCCUGCGAAAAAAGUUACAGGAUGGGUUGCUCCUUAUAUACAAGGUCUGAUUUCUGAUAUUCUAAUAUCAUUGGAUGACAAAUAUUUAUACUUCAAUAACUGGCUACAUGGAGAUGUCAGACAAUACGACAUAACUGAUAGAGCUCAUCCUAAACUCACAGGUCAAUUAUUCUUGGGUGGUAAAAUUCUUUCCGAUUCGACUAUAAAAGUAAUCGAAGAUAAAGAACUUGAAAGACAGCCAGAUCCAGUUUAUGUUAAAGGUAAAAGAUUCGAAGGAGGUCCUCAAAUGAUACAACUUUCUUUAGACGGUAAAAGAUUGUAUGUGACUUCUAGCCUCUUAUCACCUUGGGAUAGACAAUUUUAUCCAGAUUUAGUUAAGAAGGGAACAAUAAUGCUAAAAAUUGAUAUAGACACUGAGAAUGGGGGUAUGAAAUUAGAUGAAAACUUCUUAGUUGAUUUUGGAGAAGGGCCUGAUGGACCUUUAUUAGCUCAUGAGAUCAGGUACCCCGGUGGAGACUGUACAUCCGAUAUUUGGUUGGCUGAGGACUGACGAAGCUUUUCAAACAUUUACACAUAAUUAUUUAUAUGAAAAAAUGUGUAAUAGCUAACAAAUUUUAUUCUAUUAUACUCCUCACAAUAUGAAUCAAUUUAGUUACAUAUCAUACCAUCUAUUUUAAUUCGGAAAUAAAUAUAAAUAAACAAGUUUCAUAUAUUCCA